AAAGCUGGUCCACUCUUUUUCUCUUUAAUUAUUUCGUAACGCGGACUUGUCUGAUAAUUGAGACGAUGAGCAAAUGAAAUGAGCGCUACUCUACAGUCAAAUGCGAGAAAGCGCUAAGGUAGAGAGAAGGCAAGAAGGGUGUGUGUUCAAUUGCCCCGCUGUUGGAUUUCUUCAAGCAUUCGUCUGUUCAAUUGUUUGAGCGCUGAAGUGCGACUUUUUGAUUUAAAUGUUUGUUUGUUUUGAAAUAAUACGUGCCCCGAAAACGUGGACGCAAAUAACUAGCAGAACCCAGCAGUCUUCUUCUGAGGUCCCGUAAUGGGUGCAUAAAUGCGUGUGCAGUGUACAGUGAAAGUAACGUGCUGGGGAACGGUGUGUACACUGUGAGUGGCGAAGUGCCACUUGGAACAUCAUUCAUUUUUAAGCAAACGGUUCCUAAUGAAAAUUGAACAAACUAUUGUGUGCAAGUCCUUUUGUGUUACUAAAGGGGACAUUCGUCAGAAAAUUUGGGAUUAUAUGGAGAAAAACAACUUGGCAAACUUCCCAAGACCAGUUCAUCACAGAAUUCCUAAUUUCAAGGGUGCAUACGAUGCCUGUAAUAAAAUCAGAAACCUAGAUUGUUACAUCAAGGCAAGAGAGGUGAAGGUGGAUCCCGACAAACCGCUUGAGGGAGUCCGUUUAGCCGCUCUCCAGGCUAGAAAAACAUUGUUAGUCCCAACACCUCGACUGAGAAAAGGACUGUUUAACAAAAUAGUUCCACCUCCUGGGGCCGCAAAGGAAAUAAUAAGAGUGUGUUCUACUGCUCAGGGAGUGAAGGAUUUCAGUGUACCUGUACAACUUGAUGCAAAGGUUCACAUAGACCUGGUUGUGGUGGGUUCCGUGGCUGUAUCCAAGAACGGCUGGAGAAUUGGAAAAGGAGAGGGAUUUGCUGACUUGGAAUAUGCCAUGAUGGUAUCAAUGGGGAGCAUCGAUGAGAAAACAGUUGUUGUUACCACAGUCCAUGACUGCCAGUUGCUGGACAUCCCAGAAGAGUUGAUGGACAACCAUGAUCUAAAUGUCGACUACAUCCUUACACCUACUCAAGUGAUCACGACCGAUUGCAAACGUUCCAAACCUCAAGGAAUUAUAUGGUCAAAGGUGGAUUUGGAGAUGAUGCAAAAAAUUCCAAUCCUCAAAACCUUUUACUGCAGAGAAAAGCAAGAGGGCAAGGAUAUCGCUCUGAAGGAUGAAAGAUGCAUUGACGAAAAAGAACUGCAGAAGUUCUCUGGUGAAAGGAUGCCCAGGAAAAGUGCAAAUGCAACACGGCUUAAAAGUGAUCCAUUUGAAAAGACUGGGAGUUGUGAUAAGUGUGAAGAAGAAACAGAAUGUGAAACAAAAGCCCAGUCUAAUGCCACAAGUAGAGUUACUGCAGUUUACAUGGGUAACAUACCUCCAAGUUUGAGAGUCAGUGAAUUGAAGAAUAUUUUGAGAGAUCACAAUGUAGCUCCACUGCGUCUGAAUUGGCAAGGUGCUCAACACCGCGCUUUCCUUGACUAUAAAGAUGAAAUAACUGCAGAAGCAGCUGUAACUUCACUCGCAGGGUUAAGUGUAAGUGGGAGUAUAAUUAGGGUUGAACUUGCCAAACACCAAGGAGACAACAGAUUUAGAAGUCAAACAAAUGCACGUGUGAACAGACAGUCUUUAACCUGAUCACAUAAUAAAAAUAUUCAUGUAAAAUUUUAAAUGCAAAAUAAAAAUAACAUUUCUUAAUCAGAUGUCUAAUUAAAGUGGAAUCAGCUUACUGUCA